AUGACUGCUUCUGGACCUGAAUUUAAUAAAGAGGACCAACUCAGUUCUCCGGGAAAGAAACACAUAAGAAAUAACAGUAUACCCAAAAAUGCAAAAUUAAUUGAUGGAUCUAAUAACGCAUCGAAAAGACCAGUUGAGAAGUACGAUAAGAGAAUAAUCGACACAACAAAAAGCUACUUUCCGCACAGCAUAUCAAGAACGCCAAGGAGAAAGUAUACUUACAUUCUAGUCCUUACAUCACUAAAUGGAACUUUUGAGAGCAAACAUUUAGUGGUACCAUUCAAACCAGACGGUUUGAAAUUGGGGAGGCCUGUUGCUAACAGCAACAACAACUCCAGUUCAUCACUCAGAGGCGGCAAAAGAGUAGAUUCACACACUUUUUCCCAAGUAAGGUGUGACAAUGGUAAUUUCGAUUCAAGAGUACUCUCCAGGAAUCAUGCAUUAUUGAGUUGUGACCCCCUUACGGGAAAAGUAUAUAUACGAGACUUGAAGUCCAGUAAUGGUACGUUCAUUAACGGUCAGAGAAUUGGCUCAAAUGACGUAGAAAUCAAGGUUGGCGAUGUGAUAGACUUGGGAACAGAUAUAGAUACAAAGAUUGAGCAUCGAAAGAUAAGUGCCACAGUUGAGGAACUGUUUGUACAGCCUUUAUUAGAAUCAUGGAUUUUUGAAAAUGAAGAUAGUGGUGAUUGCGGUACAAUUUCCGAGAAAGAAGAGGCUGCCGCCAUAACAAGUUACGUAUAUGGAGAUUCUAACAACCUAGAAUUGGAAGAAGUUAUCCUGGGCUCUGACACAGAAAUACUAAGUGGAAUUUUUAUCAAUAAUUGUAUCGGCACAAGCCCGACUCUAUCUAAUGUCAUUAAAACCCUCGCAACCGAAAUUUCAUUUUGCAAAUAUGACAAUUCUAAAUUACAGUCGAUGGAGAAUUUCUUAAUUAAUCAUACAACCCACCUAGAAUACACCAACAAACUUUUGGUGGAAAAAAACGAUCAGCAACUAGUAAAGCUGCAAAAUGGGUUAAGAAGGAAACUAUCGGGGAAAUACGAAAAGAUUAUUGAACAAAACAGAAAUCAAAUAAAACAAUUGGAAAGAGAUCAUAUGUUUUUCAAAAAGUCAUUUGAAGUAAAGAAAAGAAGAAACAAUGAAAAACAAAAAAGCAUGGAAAGGGAAAUAGAAGACUUGAAAACUAGGUUAGAAGUGGAACGAUAUAAGAAUUCACAAAUGAUGAAGAAGAACAAACAGAAAGAACAAGAAUUCUCAACUGCAUCCAAGAAAAAGAACAUCGAACGUGAUACGGGAAGCGUUCCAGGCACAAAUCCCAAAGGUACCGACAAAUUUAGCAUCAAAAACACGCUAUGCAAUCAUUUUACGUUAUUAACAUUUGGGACUAUUUCCAUUGGGCUUAUAGCCAUUGUUUUUAAAUUUCUCUCCCCAAACUAG